CAAUCCGUGUUGGGCUCAAGAGUCAGAGGAGGUGAUACCGGGGUUGGAAAGUAGGGAAAGUGGGACAGCGGUGAGGGCGUAGGGUGUUGAGCACGCGGCUUUUAGGUUGUCGUCUUGACGACGCAAAGUUUGUCGCUCGCUCCCGUCUCGUCAGAAGCGGCACGCGCUCGGCGUGUGCCAGUGUUGAGAGGGGAAAACCUCAGUCAGUGGCAAAUUUGGGAAACGGGGUGGAGGAAAUGGCAUUUCAGCUGUUUUUGCUGCCCGAGCGCGGCGCUGCUGCUGCUGGUGGAGGUGACGCCUGAAGGGAGCUUUACUAACGAGGGAUAUAUCUCUGAUAGCUGAAGAUGGUGAAUUCAAGUGUUUUAUUAUCGUCAUGGCAAACGGAACCGGCAGCAUCAUGUUGAAAUGCGUGGUCGUCGGCGACGGCGCCGUUGGAAAAACUUGUCUGUUGAUGAGCUAUGCCAACGACGCGUUUCCAGAGGAAUAUGUGCCCACUGUCUUUGAUCAUUAUGCAGUGAGUGUGACGGUUGGGGGAAAACAGUACCUGCUGGGGCUGUAUGACACUGCGGGUCAGGAGGACUACGAUCGCCUGCGACCCCUGUCCUACCCCAUGACAGAUGUCUUCCUCAUUUGCUUCUCCGUGGUGAAUCCGGCCAGCUUCCAGAACGUGAGAGAGGAGUGGGUCCCUGAGCUGCAGGAGUACGCACCCAACGUCCCUUACUUGCUCAUUGGCACUCAGAUUGACCUGCGGGACGACCCCAAGACUAUUGCCAAGCUGAACGACGUGAAGGAGAAGCCCAUUGCGACAGAACAAGGCCAAAAGCUAGCAAAGGAGAUUGGUGCCUGCUGUUAUGUUGAAUGUUCAGCACUGACACAGAAAGGCCUGAAGACUGUGUUCGAUGAGGCUAUUAUAGCCAUUCUGGCUCCUAAGAAAGGUGCGCUCAAGCGAAGACUGGGCCCACGCUGCAUCAACUGCUGCCUCAUCACAUGAUACACCAGCUCAAGGGCAUCCAGUGAACCAACGGUGACCAACUGACAAACAACCAGAUUUCAAUCUGACUUCUGAACUAAAGCAAUGGGCCCAGGCACCUACAAGUCCAAGUUAUGGGCGAACGACAAGAGGAACUGACAAAAAAGACAUAUUGUUGAGGGAGAAAUUAAUAUUGGGAAUGGAAUACAAAGAAAACCCGACAACGAUGAUUUAUUGAACAUACAAGCACAGAGAACGGACAACCUUUCCAGUGACUAAAAACAAAAAAUUCGAACUGUAUUUCCAUGUCUGGCUCAGCAUGCAUGAGUUCGUCUGAGAGAUGUAGACAAGCCUAAACAGCACAACCAAACCCGUCGGCCAUUUACAGAAGUAAGACUUUCUUCAAAAAGGGAAACUCAGAAUCUCAGUUUGGGUUGCAAAACAUUUGCCUUUUACAAAAUGUCUCAAGUCAGCGCUGGCUUUAUUUACAGGAAGAACGAGAGGAACGAUCGAAUAAAUAUACUGCCAUUAGGAGCAUACAACAAAUCGAAUAUCUACUCUACAAAAAAAAAAAAAGAAAAACAAAGAAACAAAAGGUUUUUUUAUUGUUGUAAAUGGGACCUCUGAGAUUUUUUAGAGCACGUAAUGGGUGGACUCCAGCCUGGAUCUCUUUCUCUCUCAGUUCCUGGUGGCCUGUGAUCGUGUCCUUCUCUUCCUCACUUGAGCUUGUAGGUGAGUUGUUUGCGAUGCCAGUGGAUCCAGACAGGAGCAGCGAGGAGGCCGGUCAGAAAUCCAGUAGUUGCCCCAAGCGUACAGGAGAUGGGCCAAACCUGGAUACAAGAGCCAAAAAAAAAAAAUGAAGAUCGAAACUGUCAUUUUGCAGGAGCACAAGUGACUUACUGCUGACUGACUCACUGUGGUGUUUUACCAACCAAAUUUUCUAUUUGAGACUGCUUUAUUCCUCUUUCUUUUUUUAACGUAGAGUUUUGAGUGUUAUGUAUUGGUGGCCUUGCCUCUCAGGUGUGUGCCGACUGCUUUGCAUUUUGAAUUUUUGCUUCAUAUCAAGGUGAUUUUAAAAUUUUAUUCAAUUUUUAUUUUUAUUUUUUUUAUGAAUUUCUCGCAGUCCAUGCAAAUAUGUGGAGUGGUCUGAGUGGUCUUUUAAAGCUUCCAGCACAUUGUGAGCAACAACUACAAAAAAAAAAAAAAAGCCUUUAUAAAUAGUAAAUAUAUGGAAUGCAAAUCUAAAAAUUGAAAGGCACAAUGGUUUUGUGGAAGAACAUAAUUAAUAUGAAAACUUGCUGAUGAUGCCCAAUCCGCAGUAGAUAAACAAAAAUGUAAAUUUUAAUGACUUGCCUCAAGAUCUUUAAUGAGUAUAAAACAGGUUUUUCAAAAA